AUCUAUUUUAAAUAUAUUAUUUAUAAGGAUUUUUCUCUUAAAAAUUUUCCAUUCCUAUUUGUGAGCAAUAUGAAAAUAUGUAUCAUAAUGUAUUUUGUAACUUAUUGAGAAGAGGGAGUAGUGCUAAUGAGCCUCUAAUAUCUAGUAUAAAAGAAUGCUUGCUUUAAAAUCAAGACAUUGUUGAAAAUGUUGUGUAACAGUGAAAUUGAUCGAAGCUUUAAAACUUUUCAAAUGUUGUAUUUAAUAUUGUUUUUAUUCAAUAUAUGUAUACAAUUAAGUAUAACAUUAUCUGUAUCUAAUAUGAAUUAUAAUACAACAGCUAUGUUAGCAAAUGAAUCAUCAUCAUCAAAUAAUUCAAUUGGUGAUAAUUUAUAUGUUAUAAAAGCAAUGGUAUAUGAAAUUGGUAUAUUAACAGAUGCAGAUAAUACAACUAAUAAUAAUACUGAAAGACAGGAAGAAGUAAAACUUUCAUUUUAUAAUCCUCCUAAUGAAAACAAUAAAUCAUAAAUUGGACAUUAUUAUUUAAUAUUAUUAAAUUAAUUUCAAUA